AACAUCCUAGCCUCCUUGGUACAUGAAUUUAGCAAUUGCUACCUAAUGGCAACAUCGCAUAUUCAAAACUUUUAAAUACACUUGUUUCCCAACGGUUCUCAUCAUUCGACGCUCCGCUGCGUGCAAGCUGCUCCAAGCUUUUAAUUUAUCAACUUUUCGAGUUUUCUCGCAUUGAUUUUAUCCUCAUAUCGACACUUAUCACCGAGUUGUUUUUACGCCUUGAACAUUUGAUCAUUAUUUUUUAUUGUUCAAAAUGCCCCGCCUUCGAUUGGAUGCUGCACCUUCAAACAUGAUGCUGGAGAACCGAAACAUGAUGAAGACCACAAAAUCCACAGUUGGUGUUGUGGCUCAGAAAGUGCAAGGUCCUAGUCUGCGCCCCAGAGCUGUCCUGGGUGAUCUAACAAAGGCCACUGCAGUGUCGACCAAUCAAGUUAAGAAUGAACAGGCCGAAGAAAAGAUGAAGAAGCCAGCCAUGGGCAUUGCCUCCAGGAAGCCUCUGCAGAGCACAAAUGUCAAGAAAAUUGUUCCUACUGCAGCCCCCAAAGCUGUAUUGUGCACCAAAAAGGUUGAACCUGAGGCUUAUUCCACUAAGCAGCUGCCAAUUGAAGAUAUUGAUCUUGAAAGGGAUAACCCACAGCUGGUUUCCUAUUAUGCCAAGGAUAUUUAUUCAUACCUGCGUCAGCUGGAGAAAUCUUAUUUGAUUGGCGCGCAGUACAUGGAUAGUGAUGGCUACAUGAUCCGGCCAACUAUGCGCACGAUUUUGGUCGAUUGGCUUGUUGAUGUUCACGGGCGUUUCAAGAUGCUUCAAGAAACUUUGUACCUGAGCAUUUCUGUGAUGGACUCUUUUCUACAGGUUGAUUCUACUAUCAAUCGUCGCGAACUGCAGCUUGUUGGCCUGACUGCCAUGUUGAUUGCGGCCAAGUUUGAAGAGACCUGGGCCCCUGAAAUAAACGAUUUUGUCUACAUGUCCGAUAAAGCGUAUACCGCCAAGGAUGUGCUUGCCAUGGAGUGUCGUAUGUUACAGAAAUUGGAUUUCCGUAUGGGCCGUCCGCUUCCUCUUCAUUUCUUGCGCCGCAACACACAGGCCGCCUCACAGAUCUUGGAUCAGGUCGAUGUUUUGCAUCAUACUCUUUCUAAAUAUCUCAUGGAACUGACUUUGCCAGAGUAUUCUUUCUGCCAUUACUUGCCUUCCCAGCUCGCUGCUGCUGCUCUUUGUCUCUCUCUUCGCAUCCUUGACGAGAAUGAUACGGAAAGCACCGAAUUGUGGAACCACUCCAUGGUAUACUAUUCUGGGUACACCUAUGAGAGUUUAGAACCCCUUAUGGAGAAGCUGUGUGGCCUGAUCGCUGCCGCAGACGUCAGUAAAUUCCAGCAUAACUCGCUGGGUAUAAAAGCCAUCCGGCCAGGUUCUAAAAUCACCAGUCCUCAUCCGACGACAACAACAACAACAACAACAACAACAAUCAUCAUGUCUUCCCUGAAAAUGUUCGUCCUCUUGGCUGUCGUUGUCUCCAUGGCUGCUGCCUACCCACAGACUUACGAGACUCCUUACAAAGCCGCAUCAGCACCUGCUUACUCUCCUCCUGCAUACUCCGCUCCUUCCUACAAAGGUGCCGGUACCGCCAACGGUCGUGCUAAGAUUCAGGUCUACCGUGGUCCCACCAAAGAGGGAGGCAAAGGUUACGAUGGCUUCGCUCCUUGGGGAUUCUACGCCAACCAACCUGAAGAUAACAAGGCUCAGGAGGACAUAGCGGGAAAGAAACCUAUCCGAAUUGAAGACCAAGAGGUGAGGGAUGAGAAUGGGCGAAGAAGGUUCCAUGGAGCAUUUACUGGAGGGUUUUCAGCUGGCUACUACAACACCGCUGAUACUAAAGAAGGCUGGAGGCCAGCUGAAUUCAAGUCUUCCAGAACUGACAGACAAAAAAAAGAACAGAAGCAGGAAGAUUUCAUGGAUCAAGAAGAUCUUGGGGCUUUUGGUAUUGCUCCACAAGUCCUCCGAGCAAAAGAUGACUAUGGAGAAGGCCAUGUGUCUCGAAAACGACUAAGGCCUGUUUUUGCAGCUACUGGAGCAAUUCCUGGUUUACCAGCAUUACAUAAUUUACUUCAUCCAGUUAAAGAAACAAUUGGAAUUAAGCUUUUACGAUCCAUGGGAUGGAAACCAAACCAAGGUGUAGGAGAAAGAUUGACAAAGAAAGCCAAACGGGAAAGAAGAAAAAAAUAUGAAGAGACAAAAAAAUAUGGUUGUGAUUUGCCUUCUGGAUUGCAACAAAGAGAAAUCAGGCAGCAGACUAGCGAUGGAGAAGAAACCGGUGACGAGUCCGACGAUCAGUUAUAUGCCCCAGACGACGUACCUGCGUUUGUUGUCAAACCGAAAACCAACUUGUUUGGUCUCGGCUAUACGGGAUUAAUGCCGCAUCAUAUUACGUCAUCUUCAGCUCCCAAAAGUGGGUUUGUGCUUUUUGAACCUACCUUAAAAUUGACUGAUCGGAAAAAGAAACUUCAGAUAGCCGGACAGGCCUUUGGAGUUGGAGCGUUUGAAAACGAAGAUGAGGAUAUUUACAGCAAAGAUGACAUGAGUCAAUAUGACUUUGAAUUGGGUGGUGCGAAAUCCAAAAAGAAAGGCUCUAACAUGUUGGCCUUACCAUGCUCUGAUGUCUUAGACGGUUUCGUUCGUGCAAAACAAAAUGAACCCAUUUUCAAACGUUACCCUCCUCCGGUUAUUCCCAAGGAUUUUGUACCCAUUCAUCGUAGUCAACACUCACGAUUCGACGUGAAACCUAUGACCCAAGCUGAAUUAAGUGGAUUGGGUCGGCAUGAUCUCAACGCCAAUCAGAGAGCCGCGAUUCUUAAUGAAGUCUUGAGCAUGCCACCCGAGACUCCACAAGCACCUGGACCACUAGAAACCGUUUCGACCCCGCUGACUCCUGCGGAAGUCGUUGCUCAAGCUUUGAUUCAAAUUAAGAAGAACAUCGCUGCUCAGCAAGAGAAAUCGGGUCAAACUGUACAAGAUAAAGAGCAAAAAAUUAAACUGGAAAAGCCUAUAGCCGUUGACCCUGACAGAGAAGCAAAAGUUGCAAAGUUAAAGGCAUUCGUUGAAAGUUCGCGAACAAUUUCGUCUUUCCAGCCGUUUGCAAGAGAUCUAGACAAGCAAUAUAGGUUUGAGGCUUUCUGUAUUCUUUCCAAGAAUAACAGGCUUGCAGAAUUCCAUUUACUUCAGCCUGAAAACAUGACGGCUUGGGAGCGUGAACGUGAAGAGGUCGAGUUUGAUAGGUCGUUGACGCUCUAUCGACCGCUGACAGCGACCAUGCAAAAUCGUUUCACUUCAGGCGGUCACGUCGAGGAAAACAUUCAAGGUGGACUAGUAGCCCAGAUUGAAUCUUUUCUACCGCAAGAAACUCCUCAACCCAAAAAGAUCCCGGUCGUAAAAGAUCCAGCUAAGCAGGCAGCCCUCCGAAAGCUUUUUGGACAACUUACUCGAAAGCAAAGUCAAUGGAAGCCCGACCGUUUGCUGUGCAUUCGCUUUAAUGUUCCAAAUCCCUUUCCAAGUGCCGGAGAUGCUCAAGAUUCAGCAAAGUUUGUUGCCAAAGGCACGUCUGGAUCAAAGUUUUCCAUUUUCGAUGUGUUGAACGUAGUUCCACAAGCAGGCCCUUCAUUUAUGUCAUCAGGCUAUGAAAAUGUUCCAUCGGGACCUGUCCAGGGCCCAGAAAACAAAGUGCAGGAACUCGAAUGGGAUAAAGCUGAAAGAGGUGAAUUACAAGAAAAAGCUGAACCAGACCUUGUCCCUGAAGUAGGCCCACCUGAAGAAAUAAAGGAAGAGGUGGCAGAGGAAGUGCCAUACGAACGUCCUCCAAUGGAUGUCUUUAAAGCAAUUUUCGCUGACACCGAUUCAGAGGAAGAAGAAGAAGAAGAAAACAAAGAAGAGGAGGAUAAAAAAGUCAAAGAAGUGAAAGCCACACGCGAACAAGCAAAGCCUCCAAUUAUAGAAGAAAUGGAUGAUGAUGCCUAUGGGCCUCGAUUACCAGCUUCCGGUAGUAUCGGUAAUAAAGUGGCAGUAGUUAACUUAGCUGCUCUUCAAGAAGCCAGCAGUCAAGUAGAAUGGGUAGAACGCGACAAGGCCAAGAAAAAGAAAGAACACAAGAAGGACAAAAAGAAAAAAGAUAAAAAGAAGAAAGAUAAAAAGAACAAGAAGAAAAAAAGACGCCAUUCUGACGUCGGUUCAAGUGCCAGCGAUGAAAAUGUCGAUGAUAUGGAAAUAUUAAAGAAGAUUAAACGGAAGAAAGUCGAAAUGAAUCCACCUCCGUGCACGCUAAAUCGAUGUUCAGAUUCCACGCCCACUUACGAGGCUGUACUGAAAACGGAAGUGAUAAAGCCAGGAGGUAAUCACAACGAUUACCAUCGUGAUGAUGCUGAAUCGGGUGUGAACGAUUUAAAAUUUUAUGUUUGCGGUUGUGAUCACGUUACCUCCUUAAUUUCACCGCAAAUUUCCGCCGUAAACUUGCACAGAUCGGAUGUAAACAAAUUACAAACAUCCGUCAGUUUGAUGUUGUCGAUGCUAUCCGCUACAUCCGCCCCGAUUUUCUUAGCUUCGUUGAUAGCUCGUUCGGUAGCUUUAGUAACAUCAGACAACCAGCCUCUUUUCUUUCGUCCAAGCAAACCGCUAUUUUUAAUUGCGUCAAUGCAUUCCGCUUUCAAACUGUCCAUCUUCGACUGGCAUCCUCCGUUGAUCGAUGCCAUUGUUGUCCGGCAACGAUCCAUUUCAACCUUGACGUUGUUAAGAGUUGAAUUAAAAGACUCAGACGUCUGUUUUAGCGUGUUAUCCAGAUCAUCAAUGGCCUGCUGGACUGAUUCAGCCAAUUGUACGUAGUGGGACAAACUAUCC